AUGCUGCUCAAGCAUGCACUGCAGCACCUGCUGGACAUGCACUUUGCUGCUGCAGCCAUAGGUGCAUUGCCUGCAAAGGAAUUGCUGAAUGCCAUCAUCAAGUCUGUGAAUGGCAACAUCUGCAGAGCGAUCAUGGCACUCCACCAUGAGCACACAGCAGAGGAUGGUGUGCGGGACAUGCAAGUGUGGCUCCGGCAGCACGAGGAGUGGUGCACAGGCAGGUGGAGCUGCCUGGAUGUCGUGCUGGAGCUGGGUGGGGUGCUGGGGGGUGUGAGCAUGUGGGUGAGCACAUUAUUAAUGGCAGAGAUGGUUGUUCAGCCAUACCUGUGCAAUCUGUGUGGCUCCCAUUAG